AUGGCAUCCAAAGAACCCAAGCCCGAUGCGGCAUCCGAAGAACCCAAGGUUGAUGCUGUACCCGAAGAAUCCAAAGCCGAUGCUGCACCUGAAGAACCAAGGGUUGAUGCUUCACCCGAAGAACCCAAGGUUGAUACUGCAGCCAAAGCCAGCGACCGCAUGGCUAGGUUCAAAGCUCUCCAAGCUCGCGCCAAGAAAUCUUCAGAAACAAACUUCAAAGAAGCAAGCCUGGAAUCACAACGUCUCUCCACGAAUCCCAGCGAGCUCACGGCUCUGCAUCGGAGACACGCAAUCGCAUCCCAUAAACUACUAAAGGCGGACACCGAGGAGGCUGGAGAGGAUUUCGAGCGCAAGCGGGCCUGGGAUUGGACCGUGGACGAGAGCGAAAAGUGGGAUAAGCGCAUGAAGAAGAAGGCGGCGCAUCGCGAUAACAACGCCUUCUCAGACUAUCACCACGAAGCCAACAAGUCAUACAAGAGGCAGCUGCGCAAUAUCAAUCCUGAUCUCGAGAGAUACGAAAAACAGAAGAUGGCCGCCAUCGAAAAAGCUGCGGCUUCUGGCGGUCUAGAUAUCGUCGAGACAGAGGACGGCGAGCUCAUUGCUGUGGAUAAAGAUGGUUCAUUCUACUCAACAGCGGACUCGACAUCAUUUACUCAAAAUAAACCCGACAAGGAGGCUAUUGAUCGCCUAGUCAAGGAUCUUCAACGCGCAGAAGAUGUCCGCCUCAAGAAGAGAAAGGAGCGGAUGGCACAGAACGGCGAGGAUGGAGAUGUCACGUACAUCAACGAGAAGAAUAAGCAAUUCAACCAGAAACUAUCGCGUUUCUACAACAAAUAUACUGCUGAAAUCAGGGACAGCUUUGAGCGUGGAACAAUGAUAUAA